UGAAAGGAUGUUAAAAGCAGGAGAAAGAUGCCAUCCGGAAUUUUAAAAAAUGUUCACCAAAAGAUGCUCAUGAGUACAACAAAUAGUUGUACAAUAGAAUGGGUCAAAUAGAGAAACAAUUGUGUGAACCAUGGAAGCAAAAUGCAGUGAUUUUAUUAUGAAGAUUUGGGGUGCUGGGGCCCUUCUCACUAUUAUGAUGGCCAUGGCAGUAUCUGAUAAAUUCAGUAAAUAUGCAAAGCUUGGAACAGCCAUUGAAUUGCACUGUCCUCCAGAAAGAUAUAAUCUGACAGUAUGGAAGGUGAACUUUAACAACGGACAGCAUUGUCAUUUGUCAUUUAAGAGAGAGAACAAUACCAUAGCCAGAAACUGCAAUAUGGACUUUAUAGAUUGGGUAUCUAGACCAGAAGAAGAUUCUGCUGUUCAGAUAAAAUCAUUUCAAAUGUCCAGUGAAGGAAUAUAUAGAUGUUUCAUUGCUACUGCGAAAGGAACGUUAAGCCAUGAAUAUGAAGUAUCUUUAUCAGUGUCUCCACAAGUGUCCUUGACUCAUGCCAAUGGCACUGCUGUGUGCAAGGCAGCUGCAGGAAAGCCAGCUGCGGGGAUAUCCUGGAAUCCACCAGGAGACUCUCAAAUUGUGAUUGAAAUAUUGCCAAAUGACACAAAAACCGUCAUCAGUACAUAUAAUAUGAAAAAUGUUAAUGAGGAUAAGCUUACAUGCAUCAUCUCCCAUCCUACUGGGGGAAAGUCACUUAUCUUAACUCUAUCAGUUUUCUCAGAUAUUAAUGAAAAAAAGGAAAGUUCUACCAUGAUAAUUCUCUAUAGCUGUCUUACUGGUCUUUUGGGAAUACUUGGAUUUUCACUUUCCAUCUAUCUCUGGAGGUUCUGUGGAAGCAGCAAAAGAAAAAUCCCUGCAACUACAAAUAUAGAAACAGUUUCAGAACAAACCAUCCAGGAAAAUGAUGUGGAACCAUAUGCCAUCUUUGUGCAAGUGGAAAAUGUAUUAUAUGAUAAAGCAUGUAAUUUCUCAUCAGGUUAUGAUCUUUCAUCUUCAACGUAAGACAGCAUCAGAUCUGAACUGAGAGGAGAAGUAUGUAAGGGCAAAAUGUGUUAAUUACAGUGAAUGGCAACUUAUUUUUUUCUCCAAUUUCUUGGAGACUACCUGAACAUGUCUCUGCAGUUUUUCUGGCAAAAUUUUUCAGAAAUGGUCUGCCAUGACUGUUUUCAUGUUCUCAAGAUCACCAAGCUGGCUAAUUGAUGCUGAAGGUAGGACUAGAACUCGGUUUCUUCUAGCAUGAUGCCUUGAUCACUACAUCAGACUGGCUCAACAUGAAUGGCAAUGGCAGUAACUUUAAACCAAUCUUUCCACUGGACAUGAGGAUAUUUGCAUAAAUAAGUAACUAUUUCUCUUUAAUCACCACAGAUUCUUCUAAGAACUUUACUGGCCUCUUCUGUACCAGGCACUUUUUCCUCACAAAGAUUAAAAUAUCAGUUUAGAAAGCUGAUAUGAAAGUCAUAAAAAGUGGAUAUUCUUCUACUAUAAUUCUGCUUAAGAGUGAGCUGAAUUUGAAGAGCUCUGAGAAUCAACUAACCACAAGAUUAUUAUUCAAGAAAAAUUUAUACUGAAACCUGGUUUGCUUCCUCUCUCUGGAUAUGUCUAGUUUUCUAUACUCACACACUGCAAUCAAACACCUGCAAUUUUUAAGCAUUAAGUUUAGUUUGUUGCCUUUCAGAAAGCAUGAAAAAAGCCUUACUGAGAUUUUGUAGACUUUUGCACAGACUGCCUGCCUGUUUGUUUGUUUUUUACAGUGGAUAAGAUUAAUAUUAUUUGAAGUGAUUCAAGAAGCACACAAUAUACUCUAAAUGACUUGACAUUUACAGUCAGAAUAAGUGAAGAUAGUGGAAAGAAUGCAUAAUUUGGUCAAAACAUUUUCCUUGAUGUUUGGUCUUGUUCUGGCAUUUUUGAAGUGUACGUAAUUACACAAAACUAAAUUAGGUUAACAGGAAGACUUAGGACAAUUACCCAUUAUAUGUAAACACAUAUAAAUGAACAUUAAUUGCUACUUUUGUAAGUGAGAUCAGUUUUGACAGAAUGUGAUUUUGAAUGUACAGAAAGCUCUAAAGGAGGAUAUACAGUGAGAUUUGUUUGGACUUAGAAUUUAAAUGAAUUUUUAAAAGUAGCUUACCAAUUUGAAAGGAAAGUCUGUUAGAAAAACAUUUUCACAAACAGAUACAUAACUAUAAAAGUAAUAUAACAUGCAAUUAGUUAAUUUGCUUGCAAAAAGUGUACACAACAUUAGGGAAAUUGCAUAUACAAUUCAUAUGAUAAAUGUGCAGCAAUCUAUGAUCUAAAUUUAUAGGAGGAAAAAUUAAACAUCAAAAGAAAACAAAGCACAUAGAUUCACCACCUGUAUUUUUCUCCCUCCACUGUUCAAAUACAUUGUUCAAAAUGGUUCCACAAAUGGCCUGCUUUCUUCUGAAGCCCUUCUGGAUAGAUAUAGGCUUGAAUUCUGGGAAGGAGAGUGGCAGAAUAUGGGAUGCAUGAAAAAAACAACAAACAAAAUAAGAGAAAAGCAGCCCUUUGAGAUGCCAGCAUAUUGUUAUGUCAACAAUAAUGAAAACACAUUAUUUGCCAAAGCACUGUUGCUGUGGUUGGAUUCAAACCUGACUUUCUACAACACUGUAUAUCAUAUCUGACUUAAAAGAGAUUAUUUUUUCUCUCUACAAAUGAUAUGAAUUCCAACUAUUUAUAUGGCAACCUCUGUACCUUUUCUACAGUAAAUGUUUGCACAGGAGACUCUCUCUCUCUCUCUCUCAAUCACCAUUAAAAGCCACUAGAUGGCAUAUUAGCCUGAUGUUCAAUUAAAUUUUGGGAAAUUCUCCAUGUAGAAGCCUGGGGGGGGGGAGGGGAUUCCUACAGAACUUUUGAGAAGGGAUUAUGAUAUUUCCCCCCCUCACCAUUGUUUCCCUCCAUGGCUUCCUAGACACAUUUGGCUAUGAAAGCUAAACUUAGAAAGUAGCUUUGUUUUAGUCAUGGUGAUAUUUGUUAGUACAUUGCAACAUUUCUUUGACAAUAUUAGUUAGAAAAUUCAUGAAACUCUCCUAUGUGAUGUAAGAAGAUUAUAGCAGUGAUGAUUCACAUUAUCACUAUAAUCAGUGAAUGACUAUAUGUUUUUCAUGGAAACCAAAGCGUUUCAAAUUGAGUUGAUUUUUAAAAAAAUGUAUAUCUUGCAGUUGCAAAAUUACUAAACAUUAUGCUUUGGAGGAGAAUGUGUGUCACCGCAAAUUGACAUUGAACUUGUUUUUCUUGGUUUUACUUUUUAGAGGAAAUGAAAUAAAUGAGCGGUUUUCCUAAACUCAGACAAAUAUCUGUGGAAGAACCAGGGCAUAUAGAUACCCAAAUAUACAUUAGAACCUGAAGAUAUUUUAAGGGUUUUUGAGGCCUGUAGAAGCAAUGGUGUCCAAUGUAAACCAAGACAACAGAUAAAUAAGGGUACUUAGGGAACUCAACUGUAUU